CUUCCUCCUCUGUCCCAGGCACCCAGGAUGUCUCAGUACUCUGGUGGUUUCUCCUCCCGCUCGGCGAUGGACCUGAGUGGUGGUCAGAGGCUCAGCAUGGGGGGUGGAGGAGGAGGAGGAGGAGGAGGAGGGUACCAGUACCACGAUAACAUGAGCCUGAGCGGGGGCUACCAGGGGGGAGGGGGUUACCAGGUUGGAGGAGGAGGGGCCAUGAGGCAACAGAUGUCCACCGUGAACCGGGCGAUGAGCCGUACUCCCGGCCCAGACCUAGAGACCAUGUCCCUGCGCUCCGUUAGGCUCCAGAACAUGCCCGCUCAGCCGUCCCCAGUGGCAGCCUGGGUGGAUGCGGAUGGCAGCGAUGGGGUCAGCCUCGUCUCGGACCACGAUGCCACAUUCAACCGUCAGCAGUCUGUCUACAGCACCGUGAAUGGAGGAGCCUACAGCUCUGGGACCCAGAUGAGACAGGCAGGAGGAGGAGGAGGGUCCAUGACCUACCAAGCCCCCAUGAGGAUGGGAGGAGAGGAGAUGAUGAUGGUCCAGCAGCAGCAUUCCUUUAAAGGGCCAGCGUUCCGCACCAUCAGCAGGAUCAACAACAGGAACAACAGGAUGUCCAUGGGCUCCAUGUCUGGUGCUUCUACCCUCCCACCUGGGGGAAGUAGCUACGGCAGUGGAGGGGGAGGCUUCGUCAUGUCUGGGGCUUCCACCCUCCCCUCUGGGGGAAGUAGCUAUGGCGGUGGAGGUGGCGGUGGAGGAGGAUUCAUGAUGGGCCAGAUGUCAUCUGGGUCUCAAGGGAAUCUGAUGAUGAUGCAGCAACACAGACAGACCACUCUGCCCAGGACCAUGUCUAUCAAGAGCAUGCACAGUGUUGGGAAGGGCAUGGAUAUCUACGACAGGCAGAUGGACAUGACAGACAGCAUGGGCAACCUCAGCAGGAUCAAUAACCUGGACAUGGCUACGGCGGUGAGGUACCUGGCAGAGGGGGAUGCUGAGCUGCAGGUUCUGGGAGCAGCUUUUAUCCAACAUGAGUGUUACAACGACACCGAGGCCAAGAAAGAGGUGCACCGCUAUAAGGGCAUCCCAGAGCUGGUGAGGCUGUUCAACAGUGAGAACCAGGAGGUGGCUCGCUACGCCACGGGCGCCACCAGGAACCUCAUCUACGAGAACAUGGACAACAAGGUGGCCCUUAUCGAGGGGGGAGGGAUCCCACAACUCAUAGAGGCUCUGAAGGUGAAUGACGACGAGCUACGCAAGAACAUCACAGGUAUUCUGUGGAACCUGUCAUCCAAAGACAACCUGAAGGAGAAACUAGCCAAGGAGACGCUCGCUGAGCUCACAGAGAGGAUCCUGAUCCCGCUCUCAGGAAGUGGAGACACUGAGGUCAUCCAGCGGAGCCCCUCUGAGGUUGACAUCUUCUACAACACCACCGGAUGUCUCAGCCUCGCUAGAGGAAGGCAAGGUGGAGGAAAAGGGAGUGGAGAACGCAGUGUGUGUUAUGAGGAACCUCUCCUAUCAGCUGUACAGUGAGAUCCCGCCCUCGGCCAUGCUACGUCUGGAAGGACCAACCAGAGGCCAGGACACCAGCAGGAGUGAAGCCAUUGGUUGCUUCACCCCUCAGAGCAAGAAAGUAAAAAAUAAGAUGAACCAGGACCUGGUUACAUUCACGGAGGUGGCCCGCGUGCCCAAGGGUCUGGAGUGGCUGUGGCACCCCCAGGUGGUGGGACUGUAUAACCGCGUGCUGCAGGGCUGUGAGUUCAACUUCACCACCCGCGAGGCUGCAGCCGGGGCGCUGCAGAACAUCACAGCUGGAGACAAGAGAUGGGCGGGGGUGCUGAGUCGUGUGGCUCUCGAGCAAGAGAGGAUGCUUCCUGUGAUGUUGGACAAACUGAGGACCAAUAAUGACCUGGAGCUGAGAUCCCUCACCGGCUUCCUCAGAAACCUGUCACGCCAUGCCAAGGACAAGAACGCCAUGGCAACCAAGACAGUGAACAACCUGGUGGACAAGCUGCCUGCUGACGGUCAGCAGAAAGAGCCGUCCAGCGACGUGGUGGUCAACAUCUGUGGAGCGUUGAACAACCUGGUGACCUGCAGCUCCGUCGCAGCCCGCGACAUCACUUUCUUUGACGGGCUGCAAAAACUGGUGGCCAUCAAGAACUCCAACGACAGCAGGUACGGGAUGAGGAGAAUGCUGGGUCGUUCCCACCGAGUACGUGUAAUGUUUGACUUCACCUCAUGUUGACACUCUGUCAUAAAG